CGGUUUUACUUGUGCGUGCGGGGGUUUUUAAUUUUAUAAAUAGUUUUGUAAAAGAGAAAAAGCGAGAAAGAGAAGAGAGAGAGAAUAGGUUUUGUUUGUUUGUUUGUUUUGUUUUGUUCGAUUGAUCUGCUUAAUCCAAAAGCCAAAAGGAGAGAGCGAGCGAGCCGCAAGAGCCUGAGACUUGGAAGAUGGAGAGUAAUAGCAAGAACAGUCGUAAUGUACGCGGCGGAGGCGGAGGUUUGCCGGUAGAGAUGCCGCCGGACAUUAGAAAGAUAGUGCAGAAUUUGAGAGAGGUCGUCGGUAGGAACUGUACGGAUAGUGAGAUCUACGCCGUUCUUGUGGACUGCAACAUGGACGCCGACGACGCCGUUCAACGCCUUCUCUCUCAAGAUACUUUCCAUGAAGUGAAGAGCAAACGCGAAAGAAGAAAAGAGAUGAAGGAGACUCAAGAAUUAAGGGCGGCUCGAUGUAACAGUGGCACUUCUAGUCGUGGAGCUAGACUUGGUAAUGACGGGGUUUCUUAUAUUGCGUCAACUGAAAACAAUUGUAACGAGCUUGGUAAAGCUGCAUACAAGCGAGAGAUUGGUUCAUCUGCACCAUUAGUAUCCUCUUCACCUUCCUAUGUGUAUCGUGCGACAGGAAAGAAUAUAAACGAGCAGCCUUCAACUCUCAGCAAUUUUUUUAAUGCUGAUAAUAGAAGACAGUCAAUAGGAACAGGUGAUGCCAUAUCUUCAUCUGUACAACUGUCUCUAGGGCUUCAGCCUGCUUGGCCAGGGGUUUCUAAAGGACAUUUAUCAAUGGCUGACAUUGUGCGGCGGGGUAGGCAAGAAAACAGAGGCUCAGAAAUGUCUACUGAAAUAUCAUGCAUGCCUCAACUUGCAGCUUCAACUAACUCAUCUCAUUCUCACAUCAAAUCUCCACAAACUUCGUCACCUCCAGAAUCAAUGAUGCACCAAGACCUACAUUCUCCACAUCUUUCUAAUCUGUCUGAGAUGAUCCAUGAAUCUGGCAUGACUGCCAAUCAGCAUGAUGUUGAUAAUGAAUGGCCUGUGAUUGAGAAUCUGACAUCUUCUAGUGGAUCAUCUGCCUUAUGCACAUCUGCUGACCCAGACACAGAGGUGUACGCUAAUCAGUCUUGCAUGUAUGGUGAUACGGCUGACUUGUCAACAAACUCCCAGCCAAAUAAGGUCCAAGUAUCUGAGAGGGAUAUUGAUAUCCAGAAUCUAAAUUCUGCCAACGGGUCUUCUUCAGCAUCUACUAGACAGAUUUUUGCAAAUGGUGCUGGAGGAGCAUCUGAUGAUGACUUGCUUCAGGAGAAAAUUACCCAUGAUUCACUUUGGCACAUGUCUAAGCCUCAAGAAGGAAUGGCCAGUAGUUCAGAUUUACCUUUCCCAAAUCGAGCUGCAUCUGUGAAUGGUAAUAUCACAUUAACAGUAUCAUCUGCUGCUGCAAAUUUGCUGCAACUAAACAUAGGCAAGGAGGAGCUUGCUAUGCCUCCACCAGAGAAUAACAGUACAGUGGUGCUUCCAAAUUAUCUGCAAGCCUUUUCUUCGGAUUGUUCACAUUUGAGUUUUGGUACCUAUAAAUCUGGAGCUGCUUCUGCAUCUCCCAAGCCGGUUGCAUCUAAUCCUUUUAAAAGCAACUUGGAGUUCUCUGCAGCAAUAGAUGGUUCAUCUGCCGGGCACUUGAAUAUCAGGGACAGAAAUUCAGGAUACCUUGCUGAUGAACAUCUUGGUUUUUUGUAUGAUAUUCCAACAACAACUGCAGAUGUAAGGAAUUAUGAAUUACUUGUAUCUUCUCCGGCAGAGGUUAAGACGCAAGAUGCUCUUGAAGCAACAUGUGGGCAUCCCUAUAUUUCCCCAUUGCCAGUGCCAGAUUCCAGCAUCAAGAACAUUCAACAAUCGAGUCCUAAGUCAUCUUUUGUGAUAACCCCCAAUGCAAGGAAUCUUCCUACUUCACUGAGUGAAAUGGUAUUGAAUUCAGGCACCUUUUGUUUACCUCAACAAUCCUCACAGACUUUGCCUGGUUCCAACCUUGCCUAUAGAGCUGUACCUCCGCAGCUCUUGUCAGAGCGUUCUUAUUCUCAACCUACACUUCCCUUGGGAGAAUCAGCCAACAUGUUUGGCUAUCCUUCCAUCCCUCAAAGCCAGACAUAUGUUCCAUCUGCUUUGCAGCAAGCAUAUCAGGGUAGCAGUACAUACCAUGAUUCUGUGGCAGGAAUGAACUACAAUCUUUUACAAUACAGAAAUGGUGCCACUAUGAGCAGCUUGCCUCUGUCCAAUGAUAGUACUUCUGCUUAUAGAAGUUUUGUUGGGAAUACUAACAACAUUCCUGGAAAUUUUUUGCUUAACAUGUCCACUUCCCCUACGCGUUCUGCAGUUGGCUAUAAUGAUCUUUUACACUAUCAGUAUCGGGAUGGAAAUAAUUCAACACGCUUUCAACAGAAUAAUCAUUCUACAUGGGAUUCUGGUAUUGGUUCGCAAACAAUGUUGCUUCAAGACGGUUCGUGCUAUAGCUUGCUUGGACAGAAUCCACAGCAUGCUGGAUAUCAACAGGGUCAGCCAGCUUCACACCAUUAUGAGUCUCUAGGGUACCCUAAUAUGUAUCCCUCUCAGACGGAUUACACAAGAACAUCAGCUGCAAAACCUUGGUGAUUUUGUAGUAAUUGAUGGUCAAGCCCCGCACUAAGCAAUUGCACCAAAUUUAGCGGUGCAUCUACUAACAUCUCUCGAUUUUCCUUAAGUUGUUUUGGAAGUAGCAGGUGGGGUGUUUUUACAGUUAAAAUUUUUAUGAUGAUUUUGAGUGUGGCAAUGUCCCAUUGUACAUACUUAAAAUAGAAAUGAGAGGCAUUGCCCUAUGUCUCAGCAUUGUAUUUUCUUUAGUUUCAUGUUGGGGCAUGUUUAUGAUUUUAGAGAGGGAGCCUGCUUGUUCAGUUUUCACUGUGCAAAAAGGCCUUUUGAUUGAAUAGUUGAACAGAAUGCAUUAACAAAGAUAUUCCAGCUGGUUUAUGUUACA